AUGUCUGCCACAAAUUUGUUUAGCAACCUCGUCGACACCAGGGAGAAGAUAUAUCUGAUAAGUGCGCCGUUCUGUUCGCGAGAGGACGGUCGACAGGACUCGUCCGACACUUCCCACAUGUCAAAAGGCUCCUCCCGAUGUACCCGAUUCGGCCGCUGGCUCGUCGGAUUCAGCCGUUGGACCGGUCUCGCCGGGCGUGCGUCAGUUGGAUCAAGGGGUGGGCUUGGCCGAUGGCGAGUUUUCCGGGGCGUCCUGGAAGACCUUCAGCUCUGGAGGCGGAGAUGUGGCGUCCGGGUGCGCGACCCCUGCCGUCGUCUCGCACAACUCCGUCCAGUCCAGCGGCCGCAGUGGCGCGGCGGAUUCGUGCACGACAUUCAGUUCUGGGUCGUGGUCCUGCCGUCGGCACGAGUCGGCGACGAGACGCCGGUCGCCGUCUCGAGCUGCGCCGUGCAGUCCCUACGUCACAGCGGCCCGGCUUCGGCUAACACCACCAUCCACGUUGGCUGGAAGCGCAGGAGCACGCGUGCCCCGGCAUUAUGCAUCCUGGUUAUGCAUCCCACAACCAAAAGUCGCACGGGCCUCCAUCCUGCGUCAGUUCCAAAACUGAAUGAUGAACAAGAAAACACAACGCAACAGCAGAAAACGGCAACAUCUGAUGGAUGGGUGUUCAAAAAACAGACUUACUCCCUGGUUCGGGCACUUGUAAAAACGGACGGCCGGGUUCCAGUCUGUCCCGGAGACAAACCAUCUAGUCCUCGUCCCGGCACACCUCGGGCACAGGAUCAAUGGCAGCGGGCACGGGGGUGUCCGGAGAUGACGAGCGGAAGAUGAGCUCUGGGACAUCGCGGCACGGCGGCGGCGACGGAACGCGGCAACUCGAGGUGCUUGUGUGCGUGUUUGAAGGAGAACGUGCAAAACGAUCAGUACUGUCCACGGCUGGUGCAUGGGCCUUAAAUACAUGCAGCUGGUAAAGUGU